AUGUCUGAGGAUGCAACAAAACACAAUUUCAGUAAUACUAUCUUGAACAACCAACCUUUGGUUCAAGAUCCCAUAGUCAUACAAACAGAGGUUGAAAACACAGAAACAGCGACUCCACUAGCAGUCCCUGUGACUGGUGACACUCAUGGAAGAAACACUAGUUCCAUAGACUCGUUCCGAAUCGAUGAUCAUGAUUGGGAAUCAACGGAGUGGAACUCCGACCAUCAAAGUUCUUUACAGAGAGUAAAAUACAAAGCUAUUAAGUUUUACAAUAAUGUUAUUUUGCCGAAUGUAGGGAUAUCGUUAUUGCUACUUUCACAGUUUUUAAACAGUAUUAUGGUUACAACAUGCAAAUUAUUAGUCACAGAUAAGAACUUCAACGAACCAAUACAUCCAGUACAGAUUUUGUUUGUUAGAAUGUUUAUCACUUACGUUUGUUGUUUGGUAUACAUGUAUGUGACAAAAGCCGUCGAAGAAGCACCAUUUGGACCAAAGAAAAUCCGAGUAUUAUUGGUUAUGAGAGGAGUUGUGGGGUUCUUUGGUGUCUUUGGAAUGUACUUUUCGUUGCAGUAUCUAAGUCUAUCGGACGCUGUUGCAAUCACUUUCCUUGUUCCAAUGGUUACUGCGUUUUUAGCGUUUGUUAUUUUAAAGGAGAAAUAUUCGAUAUUGGAAAGUGUUUGUUCGUUGUUAUCAUUAGGAGGGGUAAUUCUAAUUGCCAAACCUUCAUUCAUAUUUGGUGCUGAGUCAGAUAAAGAGACGACAGACGAAUCCGUGGAAAGCUCUUCGUCUGAAAAGAGAAUACUAGCAACAGCAGUAGGAUUAAUCGGGGUUUGUGGUGCCUCAAGUGUUUACAUUGUUUUACGGAAAAUUGGUAUGAGUGCCCAUCCUUUAUUAUCGGUGAGUUAUUUUUCGUUAACUUGCUGCAUCGUCACCUUUAUUGGUAUCCUUGUGGUACCAUCGUUAUCAUUUGUGUUACCACAAAAUGGCUACCAAUGGUUCUUGUUUGCAGUGAUUGGAUUUUCUGGCUUCUUUAUGCAAUUUUGCCUCACUGCUGGUGUUCAAAGAGUGAAAGCAUCUAGAGCUUCAUUAAUGGCAUAUUCAGGCAUGGUUUUCGCCAUCAUUUGGGAUUUAACAAUAUGGCAUCACCUUCCAGGAAUAUUAUCAUUUUGUGGUAUUGCUCUUAUCAUUGGAAAUGCCGCCAUAAUAUUGAAAUUCAAGCCAGAGAAUACAGAGGCUGAAGUUCCCGCUCAGAACGAUAUUGAAAGCAACGGCAAGUAUAACGAAUUGAAUCAAGAUUCUAUUGUGAUGCAAGAUUUUGUUAUCACUGAUGACGAGGAGGAUGAUGGAUCUAGUAGUGACACAAGUAAUCAUGGAAAAGCAGAACAAAGACCGUAA